AUGGCUGAUAUAGAUAGAGCGAUUAACAUUUUUGGUUUCUCCAAUACAAUGCACAACAUACUUAACCAAAGAGACAAGCUCUUUGGAUCCAGCAAGACGUUUCUAUUUACGCUUUUCUCCUGUGCUUCAGUUAUGAUAUUUCAAGGAGAAAAUUAUAAGAACUUGUGCUUAUCGGUGAUAGUCGGGCUAUGCAUGAUGGCUGUUGAUCAAAAGGUGCAUGCAAGACUCUUGGGGACUGCUGCAGAGCAGAAGGGAAUGCACUCGGCAAUAGUGAGCUUCCUGAACAAGAUUCUUGUAAGUGAAAUACUGUUUUGCAGUGUAUGCUUUCUGAUUGCAGUUACAAUCAAUAUGUGUAUGAUUCCUAUUACUUGGAUUUUUGCAGCUUCUGUAGGCGUGUCUUUCUUCAAAAAAACCUUUACUGAGGACUUAACAAUGGUGAGCAUGAGCAAUCUUCUUACUCAUCUGGGAUUCUUGGCAAUGUUUGUUGUUUCUCUUGGGAAUCCCCGGAAGUUCCGGAUAGUCAUAUACUCUGUUUUCUUCAGCUUCUCUGGAACAGUUAUUUUGUGGAUUACCUUGGAGGCGAUUCUGAAUGAAAACCUUGGAUUUGGACGCGUGUGCAGCAUAUUUUUCAAGGGAGAGAUUGUAGACUUACUAGGGAUUCCGGUUCUGUAUCCCUUUCUUCUUUUGAUGAUUGUCGGGGUUUUCACUCAGGUAAGGAUCAAUACUUUAUUAUUUGCCUAUGAUAGAAGACGCUUUACGUCGAUUGUUAUUAAGAAAAGUGAAAAUAAAGUGAUAGAAGUGUGA